ACAUACGGACUGUCCUCAUUUUCUCUCUUUAAUAUGUCCCUCCAAAAACAACGCUUCGUCCCACUCAAGAGCCACCAGCAAAUCCCCUUGCCAGUUUUACCCCAGUUGGAACCCAUUUGCUAGUAGAAGAAAAAACACCACCGGCCCGAGAGAGAACUGAGAAGAGAUCUCUUGAGAAAACCAAGAGCGCUCUCUCUCUCUCUCUCUCUCUCUCUCUCUCUCUCUCUCUCUCUGUUUUUGUGGGUGAAUUUCUUGGAGUUGUUCAAAUGGACCACUGGUCCUCGUCCCUGCCCGUCGAUGACGAAUUUGAGAAACUUGUGCUUCGUAUGAACCCCCCAAGGGUUGCUGUUGACAACGCCUCCGACAGAAAAGCCACUCUGAUUAAGGUUGACAGCGCGAAUAAGAGAGGGAGCUUGUUGGAGGUGGUUCAAGUUCUGAAUGAUAUGAAUCUUAUAAUUAGACGGGCCUAUAUUUCUUCAGAUGGGGGGUGGUUCAUGGAUGUGUUUCAUGUUACUGAUCAACAUGGGAAUAAGAUCCCCGAAGAUGGUGUCGCUGAACGCAUUCAGCAGUCAUUGGGACCAAGGGGACGCAGUUCUCGCUCAUUGAAAAGGUCAGUUGGUGUCCAAGCGGCCACGGAGCAUACGACUAUUGAAUUGACUGGAAGAGACCGACCCGGAUUGCUUUCGGAAGUUUUUGCUGUUUUAGCGGACCUCAAAUGUAAUGUGGUGGCUGCAGAGGUGUGGACCCACAAUUCACGAAUGGCAUCCGUUGUUUACAUCACAGAUGAAGUUAACGGAUUGCCAAUCGACGAUCCUGAUCGAUUGGCCAAAAUCAAACAACUCCUCCUCUACGUGCUGAAAGGGGAUAGAGAUAAGCGAGGUGCCAACACUGCUGUUUCUGUGGGUUUAACUCAUACUCAGAGAAGGUUGCAUCAGAUGAUGUAUGCUGAUAGAGACUAUGAUAAGGCUGAAUUGAGUGGGUCAGGGGGUUCCACAAAUGACCGGAGCAAUCCCCUUGUAAAUGUUGAAAACUGUGCUGAAAAAGGGUACACCGUUGUGAACUUGAGGUGUCCUGAUCGGCCUAAGUUGCUCUUCGACACAGUAUGUACAUUGACGGAUAUGCAGUAUGUGGUGUUCCAUGGCACUGUCAUUGCUGAAGGACCAGAGGCUUAUCAGGAGUACUACAUCAGGCAUACGGAUGGAUGCCCAAUUAGCUCUGAAGCAGAGAUGCAACGUGUCAUUCACUGUCUGGAGGCUGCUAUUAGGAGGCGAACAUCUGAGGGUAUUAGACUUGAACUUUGUUGCGAAGACAGGGCAGGCCUUCUAUCAGAUGUCACUCGCAUGUUUAGAGAAAAUGGUCUUUCCGUCACUAGGGCCGAGGUCACAACACGGGGAUCCCAAGCCAUGAAUGUUUUCUUCGUGACUGAUGCAUCGGGAUGUCCAGUUAAGAGUGAAACAAUUGAGGCAGUUCGAAAAGAGAUAGGCCUAGCUAUUCUAAGUGUGAAGGAUGAUGAUUUCGACUCAAAUUCUCCACCGCAACAAAGUGGGAGAUUCUCCUUGGGUAAUCUUUUUCGUUCAAGAUCGGAGAAGUUUCUAUACAACUUGGGUCUGAUAAGGUCCUAUUCAUGAGCUAGUUUCUUAGGUGAACUAGGCGAUGUCAAAAUGCAUGUAAAUAGUCGUUCACUAGGGAUAUAAUCAGAGGCUUUAGGAGUGCAUUUGGGCAAAAUCCCUUGUUGACCUUGUGUUAGUAGGCCUCUUUCAAUCAUGUUUCUUCUUUGUAUACUUUCAUGUAAAAUGUACAUUUCUCCCCCGUCACCUUCUGUUUUUACUUGAUAUGUAACUACAUUUUGUGCAA